AUUUUCUCCCUGUUCGUUCAUGAGUAAUUUCAGCGUAAACUGACGCCAGAAAUAAGACUUUGCAGCUCACAGGAGGUUUUAGGCACCAAUUCAUAAGAAAGCGAGUUAUAAUAGAUACUAGUUUUAAGAACCCGCCACGUGCGAGAUCAUGUGCAAUAGCUCAACGUUAACAUGAAUUUGACGGUUGUGGCGGAGCGCUUCUAACAAGAGGGACGAUUUUGAAGUUUGUUGGAACACGCGACACUCGGAUUAUCAAAAGACCAUUUUCUUCAACGAUUUUUGGGUGGACGAAAUAAAAAUACAAAAACAAGGAGACAACCAGUCUCUCACUGCUUAAUACCGCGCAAUAACUUUGAGAGUGAUUCUUUGACUUCUUUCCAGACUACGUACAAAUAACGGCAGGCGAUGGUGAACAGCCGUGUGGAAACCACUGCUGUCGCGGUAACGGGAGGUAGUGGCGGUGCAGUGCGCUCCUGUGCAGGCUGCGGAGGUCGGAUCUCGGAUCGCUUCCUGCUCUUCUCCAUGGAUCGGUACUGGCACACGCGCUGCCUUAAGUGCUCCUGCUGCCAGGCUCAACUGGGAGAGAUCGGCAGCACCUGCUUCAGCAAAGGAGGAAUGAUCCUCUGCAGGAACGAUUACAUCAGAUUGUUUGGUCACAGUGGAGCCUGCAGUGCAUGUGGACAGUCUAUCCCUGCCAGUGAGAUGGUGAUGAGGGCCCAGGGUAACGUCUACCAUCUAAAGUGUUUCACUUGUGCCACAUGUCGAAAUCGCUUGGUGCCUGGUGACCGAUUUCACUACGUCAACGGCACCAUCUUUUGUGAGCAUGACCGACCAGGUGGAGCUUUGCUCAGUAGUCACCUGACCCCCCUGCAGAGCAACACCCUCCUACCCGACCAGAAGGUAUAA